UUUAUAUUAACUUUUUAUCUUAUAAAGGAAUACUUUUAUUUCUAGCGCUUCUUUUAGUUUAGACAUGAUGGAGGAACUAAUCGAGUCGUACUUUUUAGAUGGAUAUACAAAUGUUGAAAUUUUGGGUUUCUUAGCCAUUCAACACAAUAUUUACAUAAGUGUAUCAACACUUAAAAGAAGACUGAAGGAAAAAAAUUUGCGUAGGAGUAUCUCAAAACAGAACGAAGACAGAGCUGCAAUAGGAGCAGAGGUAGCAAGACAGCUUUUUGGCAGCGGCAGUAAUUUGGGAUACAGAAAGAUAUGGAGUAUCUUGAAAAAAAUGGGUAUUGUUGUUAACCGUAACACAGUUAUGAAAAUUGUCAGGGAAUUGGACCCAGAAGGAGUGUCAACAAGGAAGAAGAAAAGACUUCGCCGACGAAUAUACUCAGUACCUGGUCCAGGCUUUCUGUGGCACAUCGAUGGCUAUGAUAAGUUGAAGCCAUAUGGAUUUUCGAUACUCGGGUGCAUUGACGGAUUUUCCCGCAAAAUAAUUUGGAUGAAAGUUUCUCCAAGCAACAAAGAUCCAAACAUAAUUGCAGCAUACUUUCUCUUGGCAGUUAAGGAAAACGCAGCGGUGCCUACUAAAAUCAGGUCAGAUGAUGGCACUGAAAACAGUUUGAUCGAGCCUAUACAAAUAACACUGAGGGCCGAACAUGAUGACGAAUUUGCAGGCCUUGCAAGUUAUGUUAUUGGUACAUCUCCAUCCAAGAGCGCACACUGACCAAAGAAGA